AGCGUUUUGCUUAUUUCUGUUUAAGCUCCGUCGAGACGCCAAUAAACUGCACUCGAGCGUCUGUCAGUUCUGUUUAGUUCCAUCGGAUCUUUGCCCGCUAUAGGAGCGCAGAUACAUCUGCAUACAUUGAAACAACGCCGCAAGUGUUUGAUCACAUCUUAUUUGCGCUCUUAUUGACCUGCGCUCUAUUUGCUGCCACGAGUGUUUCGUGUUCAUCCACGGUUUCAGGUGCCGCUGCCCCGAUCAUGCCGGCUGCUCGGCUUCGUCGCUCCUCUCGAGGAGUUUGCCACUCAUCUGCGGACUCCUCCGCUGCGCAUCUUCGCUGCAAACUGGCACGCGGGUGCCGCGCGCUGUGCCUCGCGCUCCUAGCGCUGGGCUGCUGGGCCGCCGCGCGCGCGCACGAGCGCUCGCCGGACGCCGCCGUCGCCGCCGCCGCUUUCUGCCACUGGACGAGCGGCUCCGCGCCGGCUGCGCCCGUCGCGCACACUUUCCUCCGACGCUCGGCGGGCGCGCUGCGGCUCUUCCACAGCACGUGGACGGAGGAUGGUUCCCUCGUUGACUGCGCGGUGAUCGACCGCCCGGAUGUCGCGGAACGCUAUUGGUCGGAAUGCCGAGGCGAACGCGCGGCUCGGUUCUCGGACGCGCCGGACCGGCGUGUGAACGUCAGCCGGCUCCUGGCGCUGGAAAGCACCUGCGUGAACGCGCCGGGGGGCGGAGAUGGUCCGACUCAGCGCGAGAAGAGGGACCUGGGCGCUGAUGACCAGAGCCGAUCCACUGAUGACCGCGCGGAGGAUAGGCCCGGAUCCGGGUCCGAGUUCGGGUCGAGGCUGCGGCGCCAGAAACGGGCUUGGAUAUUUCCUGGGACACUGUGGUGUGGAAUGGGCAACAAAGCAAGCAGCUUUGAAGACUUGGGUCUGUUUGAGCAGACAGACGGAUGCUGCCGGGAGCACGACUACUGCAAGGAGACCAUCUCUUCCUUCGAGACCAACUACGGCCUCUUAAACCGCAACUUCUUCACCGUUUCACACUGCGACUGUGACCGGAGGUUUCGGCAGUGUCUGCUGGGGGUCAAUGACACCAUCUCGAACACUGUGGGAUACACCUACUUCAACAUUCUGAAGAUCCCUUGCUUUUUCCUCAAGCCGACCAUGCAGUGCACACAGAUGAGCUGGUGGGGCAAAUGUAAUGUGUCACAGGUGUCUCCGCUCGCAAUCCUGAGGGAUGCCAUUGUGUAUAACUCCACCCACCCCUCUGAAGAAGUCGACGAGGUGUCCGAUGUGCUGAUCAGUGUCGCAGAAAACAAAAGCGACAUCGUUGACCCCAUCCUAGACACUGAGGAGACAUCCAAACUGCCAACCACCGUUCCCAGAAACGAAAGUACAUCCUGGGAGCUGCCAAGACCCACUGCUGAUGGUUCUGAAAGCAUCACCACCCCCACGAUAAGUAGCAGUAGACACCCAGAGUACAGCUCCACCCCGAAGACCUUCAGUGCGGUUAAGGUGGUGCCCACUCAUCUGAGCACAGGGCUACAGGACUCCACCCAUCACCCGAUGGACCGGGAUCCCUUGGAGAGCUUGGAAAACGCACUGCCCACCAUACCACCGCUGCCUGAAGAAACAGUGCCCAGCAACCACCUUCAACCCAUCCAGGACCCCAGACACAGAAGUAAAAAGCGGCCAUGCGCCUGCUAUAAGCACCUUGAUGAGUGUAUGUACAAGAUCCCACCUGGGGAGGAGCAGUUCGGCCUUCAAAACUUGGAACCCAAGACCCUGUACCACUGUAACUGCACGAAAAGAUGGGCCAGGCAACUCAUGAAAACGGAGGAGCCUGAUUCCUUUCGGUGGCUGCUGCUCGACUUUGUUUCUCUCUCCUGCUUCAAAACGCCACGGCAUGAGGACUGCUCCAGCAGGACAGGCUGUUCGGCUGUUCUCCGCAAAGCCCCUCAUAUCCAGAAAGCUCUGGGGAGGGGAGGUGCGGCUGAGCUCGGAGGACUCCCAGAGACACCUUCCUUCAAAGUCAAGAGGCGGAACGCGAUGGCGCCCAAGAGGAGACGCGCGCCUGUUCGACUCUACCGGAGGUGCCUCAGAUUGGUCAGGUCCAGCCAGAGAGACGUAAAUCAACUGACUGCUCCCUGAACUCCACUUGGCAGCUCUAGUGCGUCAGGCUCCUUUCGGAGGAACUCAAGACGUGUGUAAGUGCACAAAAUGACAAGGCCAGCGUGGUAGCGCCACAGAGGAUAAGGAACUGGAAUGGUCUUUGAAAGGAUGCAUAUAGAAGUCCUGGGGUGACGCCUGCUGUCGAACUCCUACGUGAGGUGUUUUACUUGAAUUACUGUAGUAAAACUGCGCAAGUGAGCAGUGUGGGAUGGUUUGGAUAAGUGUCAAUGUAUCAAUUAAAUACUGUACUGUAAAGUAAUAUUGGUAUGGCUCAGCAGUCAAGCAUAUGACUAUUUAUUUGCUAGAAGAGUAUAUCAAACAUAGACCAUUAUUUGGCAGAAAUUAGCCUUUUUGCAGCAGCUAUAAAUACAAGAGGUGAAACUUCACAAGAACUUUGGGUUCUGAUGGUAAAGGAAAAGGUCUCAGCCAGAAUUAUUAUAUCACAUAUAAUAAAAUAUAAAGAGCAUAAUUCCCAAUUACCUUAAUGAUAUUGCGUUUGAUUUUCUUUAGAAGCCCUUAAGUUAUAUUAGCCCUUAAGUUACAGUAGUAGGAUAAGUACUAAACAAUACAGCAGAAGACAUUUUGUAAGACUUUUUUAAAAUCUAUCCUGUGUACAUACUUGCUGUUUGUGUGUGACUAUUUAAUGCAAGGUGUCUAUACCGAAGAACAACACUGUAUGCACAUGGCUUUAUGUUAAGAAGGUACUGAGUGUUCUCAGACACUCUCAAAAAUAUUUAGUCUAAGACUUUAAUACGGAACACUGGAAAUUAAAAAAAAAUUUGUAGCCCCCCCCCCAUUCACACUUGUUAGGGCAGAAGUAUCUACCUCCCAAACACAGGCCAAUAUUGUUUAUAACCCCACUCAGUUCUGCUAUUCUAUUUUUUUUUUUUUUGUCCCCAAUACCUGAAAAGUAACC